AUAUGCUGAUUUGGGUCUUGUUCGCCCUCAGCAUCAUAUGCUCCGCUCGUCGUCCUCUUCAAGACCCUUCGUCUUGGACACAAACUAAGUCUUAUAGAAGCAACAGAUACAACAACAAUAAUGGUUAUACAUGGUCUGAAGAAUGGUUGGAUAGUGUUCCUGUUGAUCAUUUCUCUUUCGCAAACACAGACACAUUUCCAUUGAGGUUUUUCAUUAACACCGAAUCGUAUAAGCCAGGUGGCCCGAUUCUUUUCUACACUGGUAAUGAAGGCAACUUGGAAGGAUUUGCAACCAACACUGGUUUCAUGUGGGAUCUCGCACCAGAGCUGAAUGCUGCUGUCAUUUUUGCAGAACACCGAUUCUAUGGAAAGACCCAACCUUACCGCAAUGCUAGUUACACCAACACUCGUAAUUUGGGUUUUCUGAGUUCCGAACAAGCUUUAGCUGAUUUCGUUCUUCUGAUUGAUUAUCUGCGAACAGCGAGACUGAAUGAUGCAGCAAACGCUUCUGUAAUUGCUUUUGGUGGAUCGUACGGAGGAAUGCUUUCAGCUUGGCUCAGAAUUAAAUAUCCUCACAAAGUUCAAGGAGCUAUAGCUGCAUCAGCUCCUGUCUUCUGGUUCUUGGAUUCCCAUGUCAAAGAAGAUGUUUACGCUGAGAUAGUAACACGUGCUUUCGUGGAUAGUGGUUGUAAAGCAAAAGCCAUCACCCGCGGAUGGUACUCUCUGAAAGCUUUAGCUCAAACAAAUGAUGGUCGCCGCUAUCUGAACAACCUAUUCAAAUUGGAAAGAAAGUCUUGGCUGAACACUCCCGAGGAUCAUCAGUUUUUGGCUGCAUAUAUAAGGGAAGUUUUUGAGAGUAUGGCCAUGGUGAACUACCCUUAUCCCACAUCAUUCCUCUCAUCUCUACCUGGCUGGCCUGUGAAGAAAGCAUGCAAGUUUUUCGCUGACGUUCCAACAUCAGAUGAGGAAGCUGUCACUCAGUUAUACAAUGUAGUCAACCUAUAUUAUAACUAUACAGGAACUGUUACUUCUUUGUGCGCAAAUGCUGCCAAAUGCGCCGGUGCUUUUGCUGCACUUGGAGAUCCAUUAGGUUGGCCAUGGCAGACAUGCACAGAAAUGGUAAUGCCCUUGUGCGCCAGUGGACCUCCAAACGAUUUCUUCUGGAAAGAUUGUCCUUAUUCAGUCGAAGGGUACUACUCAUAUUGCAACGACACAUUCGGAAGCAUCGGAUUCGACAGGUCGAUGUUAAGACCACAUUGGGCUACUCAGAACUAUGGUACCGAUUUCCCUACUGCAACCAACAUAAUUUUCUCAAAUGGCUAUCUUGAUCCAUGGAGUGGAGGAGGUUGGUCAGCAAAGAGUAAAGUUGAAGGUUCCCUAGUGUCCAUUAUUCUCAAAGAAGGUGCUCAUCACUAUGAUUUACGAGGUGCACACCCAGACGAUACAGAGGAGGUCAAGAAAGUGCGUGAAACAGAGAAAAUGUAUAUUAAAAAAUGGAUGAAAAGUUCCGUCGGGAAACGUCCCCAAUAUUAUAUUCGUCGUCAUUAA